CUAGUUACAUUCUAAGUAUUCAAUAAAUAACUUUGCUUAAAAUGGCAAUUAAGCUUGCACUUUUAGUCACACUAUUUGUAGCCUCAUGGGCUGUUUCAAAGGGAAGAUCGCUAUCAUUUUCGACAAAACCACUUGAUCGUUAUAGUUUCCCUCCUGGUUUUAGUUUUGGUGUUGCCUCUUCAGCUUACCAGUAUGAAGGUGCAGUCAAAGAAGGAGGGAGGACGCAGAGCAUUUGGGACAACUUUACACAUGCAUAUCCAGAAAGGACAAAUAUGGACAAUGGAGACAUAGCCGUUGAUUUCUAUCAUCGUUAUAAGGACGACAUUAAAUUGAUCAAGGAAAUGAAUAUGGAUACUUUUAGAUUCUCCAUCUCCUGGUCAAGAAUAUUACCAAGUGGAAAGCUAAGCGAUGGGGUAAACAGCGAUGGAAUUCAAUUCUACAAAAAUCUCAUUCAUGAACUUAUUGACAACGGCAUAAAACCUUUUGUAACUAUCUACCAUUGGGAUAUCCCUCAAGCUCUAGACGAUGAAUAUGGUGGCUUCUUAAGCCCUUUGAUCAUUGAUGAUUUCCGGAACUACGCUAGGGUGUGCUUCGAAGAAUUUGGUGACAAAGUCGAUAUGUGGACAACCUUCAACGAACCAUAUGUUUAUAGUGUUGCGGGUUACGACAAUGGUAAUAAAGCAAUGGGAAGAUGUUCGAAAUGGGUAAACAGCUUAUGUGUGGCUGGUGAUUCGGGCACGGAACCCUACUUAGUUUCUCAUCAUCUUCUUCUAGCUCAUGCUGCUGCUGUUGAAGAGUUUAGAAAUUGUGACAAGAUUUCCCAAGAUGGUAAGAUAGGCAUAGUGUUAUCUCCUUUUUGGUUCGAACCUUAUGAUGUUGCUUCCCAUUCUGAUAAAGAAGCAGUUGAAAGAGCUCUUGCCUCCUAUAUUGGUUGGCAUCUCGAUCCUCUAGUCUUUGGAGAUUAUCCAGAAACGAUCAAGAAAAACGCUGAAAAUAGAUUGCCUUCUUUUACCAAAGAACAAUCAGAAACUAUCAAAAACUCAUUUGAUUUUAUUGGAAUAAACUAUUACACUGCCCGAUUCGUUGCACACCAGCUUCAUAGUGACCCUUUACGACUUCGUUUCACGACGGAUCAGCAGCUCGAGUACAGAGUGACAAAUCUUAGUGGCGAUUACAUCUCUUCACAAUCCGAUGGAAAUAAAGUUAUCUAUUCAUAUCCUGAAGGCAUACGAAAGAUUCUAAAUUACAUUAAAAAUAAAUAUAACAAUCCAAUAAUUUACAUAACUGAAAACGGAUUUGAUGACUACGAUAUUGGGACGAUUCCGCGUCAGCAAAUAUUAAAGGACACAGAGAGAAUAGAAUACCACGAGAAACAUCUUCAAGAACUCCAUAAGGCUAUCACUGAGGAUGGGUGUGACGUCAGAGGCUAUCUCGCAUGGUCGUUGUUAGAUAACUUUGAAUGGGAACAUGGAUACACUAUGAGGUUCGGUCUGUACUACGUUGAUUAUGCAGAUGAUCUAAAACGAUAUGCUAAAGAUUCUGCCAAAUGGUUCAAACAUUUCCUCGUGAGAUCACAACAACGGACACCGUCGGUUCUGUUUAAAAUUAUCAAGAAGUGGUGGUAUGCGUUGCUGAUGAUCUAAGUUCUUUGAAAAAAUCA